GUUCCAACCUUUUAUCCUUAAUUUGUAACAACUGUUUCAUUCAGUUUUGUCCAAAAGGCUCAGAAACACUUUGCACAGAAAUGUGCAGCAUUUUAGUGAAAGAGGUUAGAAUCACUUAAAAUUGAACUUUAUCUGGUCUGGUUGCAGGUUUUAUGGCAUUUAGUAUCUUAAAUAAGAAUCAAAGCAUCUGACUUCACAUGAAAAAAACCCCAAAUUGCUUGUAGUGAAAUAAAAUCAGUUCAGCUCUGGUGGCACCAAAAACUCAUCCCUGUUGAAUUGGACCUAAGCCAUCUUUCCAAGCCUCCCAUGAACUUACACCAGUGGCUGAUGAUGGAUAUAUGGAUUAGGGAACAGCAUAUGAUGGCAAAUUCGUAGUGUUUGCUCUGCUGUGAAAACAAAUUCUUUCCUAAACCCAAAGGAAUUCUAAAUUGUUAGUAUCAUGCAGCCAUGCCACUGGCCAAGUGAACAUUUCCCUGCUUCCCAAAGCUUGUCAUACCCUGACGUGCUGCCUUCCUGCUGGUGAUUGAUUGCAACUCGACGUGGCUGAUGGGGGCUCAGAGCUGUUCUCCACUCGGAUAUCAUACAACAUGUACUGUGCACGUGUGUGUGUGUUUCCACUGUAUGCAUGUACAGACCUAUGCAUCUUUGUGUGCUGGCCUCAGAUCACCCCUGUUCCAUAUUUCUUCCUAUAAAAAGCAUCAGCCUCAAAGGCAUAGUCAUCAAAAUAUUCCGUAGAUCUUUGAUUUUUGCCAGUUCCCUCCAAAUGAGAGACUUUGUUUGCAAUCUUCUGUGGCAGAUAGCCCCAAAUUCACAUUUUUCCUCUCACCUUUCCUGACUUUGUUACCCCUCACUCUUGCUGUGUGUAUAAACACAGAUGUGUAUGGAGAUACAUAUUUGUGGGUUUAUACACACAAAGUCUGUUUUUUGCUGUACAGGUCAUAAAGAUGGGGGAAGAUUUUUGUGUUUUCUUAAUAGGUGAAGAAAUCUUGAAGACCAGAAAUUGCAACCUUACUGCAUUUUAAAUUAAAAACCAAACCAAAUUAAAUGGCAAUUGCCCGGCUGUGGAAGAUGGAGCCUCAUUUUUGCAGCCACUUUGAAUCACAAGUUCAUCUUUAAAUGCCCUGGGUUGUUUUUUUUUGUUUUUGGUUUUUUUCCUCUUUUUUUUUGUUUUUUCCCGUUUUGAAGAGCUAACUAACCCUGGCUGUCUCCAGUCUGACAGUAUUCCAAUGGACUUGCUUCCUCCAUUAGUUGUAAGAUGUUUAAAAGCACAUCCUAUGUUUGAAUUGUGGAUGAGAGGUUCCCUUGGCAAUGUGAGGAGGAAAAGUCUUUCUACCCCUUUAUUAUUAAUUCACGGAUUCAGUGUUGGUUCGGCCUACAGGAGAAGUUAACUGGAAGUCUUUGAAGAUCAGUAUCUUUGCUGAAGUUGGCCAGGGUUACUUUUAAAAAGAAGAUUUCACUGACCAAGCCAGUAGAAGAUUUCAGUCCAAGAAAGAGAAGCCAGCUUCAGACUGGAAGACUGGAGGAAGUCGCUGUUGAGUGAACCUGUAGAACCAUACUAAGGCUUCGUCCAUUAUGUCUAACAAAGGAGAUGACUGCUACUUCUAUUUCUAUUCCACGUGCAACAAGGGAGACAGCUGCUCCUUCCGCCACUGCGAAGCUGCUCUGGGAAAUGAAACAGUCUGCACACUCUGGCAAGAGGGUCGCUGUUUCAGGAAUAUCUGCAGGUUCAGACACAUGGAAAUCGAUAAGAAACGCAGUGAGAUUCCUUGCUACUGGGAGAACCAGCCAGUGGGCUGCCAAAAAUCCAACUGCGCUUUUCAUCACACCAAAGGACGUUACGUUGAUGGACUCUUCUUACCUCCAAGCAAAACUACACUUCCAAGUCCACCUGAGUCUGUGGAAGAUGAUGCUAAAAUGCCUCAGAUGUCACUGCAGCAAAACAAACUUUCUGUUCAGUCAAAUCCCUCUCCCCAGCUGAGGGGGGUGAUGAAAGUGGAAAACUCUGAAAAUGUCCCAAGUCCUACACAUCCCCCAGUUGUAAUCAAUGCUGCAGAUGAUGAUGAAGAUGAUGACGACCAGCUUUCUGAAGAAGGGGAUGACAUUAAAAUGGCCAUCCAGCAACCAACAGCAGAAACCCAUAAUGGAUUGCGGAUAAUUUCCACUAGGAAAUCCAGUGCUAAUUCCAAGCAAGAUGAUAAUUUGAAUUUUGGAAUAAAAACGCUUGAAGAAAUCAAAUUGAAGAAACUAAAGGAGAAAACAAAAAAACAAGGUGAAGGUCCUUCAGGAAUUUCUGUUCAUCCCCUCCAAUCUCGGACUAUUCCUGUGCCAGAAAAGGAGAAUGUACGGACAGUAGUGAGAACUGUAACACUGUCUGCAAAGCAAGGGGAGGAGCCUGUGAUUCAGCUGAACAUUGCUGAGAGAUUGGGCAAACGGAAAGCCUCCCCAGCUGCUAAAAGUGUCAUUCCACUGAAGCGCAACCUUGCUGAAAGGCUGGGGAAGAAGAUAGACAUGCUGGAGAAUGCUGACAAAGCCCCCAAGAGAGUUCAAGUCCCCAAGUCUCUGAAGGAGAGGCUAGGCUUGCCCUCUGAACAGACCAGCACAGAGACAGAGAAAGCUGCGAAGCCGACAGGAGAGUUCCACGUGAAAACACUGGAAGAAAUUCGCCUUGAGAGAGCUUCUCAGCGACGAGGAGAACCUCCAGCUAAAGCCCAGGCUGAGGGACGUUGUAAAGCAGAAGACCCCAACUCGGGGGCAAAACCUUCCCCUGCAGUUCGCAUCAAAACUCUCUCGGGAGCCCUGGCUGAAAAAAACCAGAAGCGAUUGGAAGAAGAGAAGCAAAAACCAGAAGAGCUUCCUCCCAAGACAAAAGCUGAGGGAGAGCCCAGGAAACAGAGCGUGCUGGCUCCAUCUGUGCCCAGCAGAGUGCCUCUGGCAGAGCCGGUGGGGAAGGCCAAGCCAGGGGAAGUGCGUAUUAAAACCUUGGAGGAAAUCAAGCAGGAGAAAGCUCUGCGGCUGCAGCAGAGUGGAGAAAACGUGCCAGCUCCACCAGCACAACCAGAACCCACCCCGACUGGGAGGAGAUUGUUGCGGAUCACCAAGCUGAUAGCACCUGGAAAAGAAGAAAAGAAGGUGGUGGAAUUGAGCAGGCCUUCUCCCAAAGCUGUCUCUUCACCUUCAGAGCUCUCUGAUCAGAGCACAACUAAUUCUAAAGUUCAAGUGAAGAACCUUGAGGAGAUAACGAGGGAGAAGCGGCAACUGAAACACCACCAAGAAGAGAAGCUUCAGAAGGAAGCAACUUCUGUGCCUCCUUCUGUUGAAAAACCCAUCAAGGACAAAACUCCACCAUCAGGGAGCCCUGAAGCUUCAGGGUCAGCGCAUCACUUUGUGAAGAAGACAUUGGUGAAACCUCUGGAAGAUGGGGUUGAAAGCCCAGGGAAAGAAGCUGCUAUAUCACCAGGGAAACAGGCAGCUCCACUCCAGGAACGGAAAGCUAAGACCAAAUCCAAGGCGUCCCUGAAGGCUCCAGAUGGGAAAACCACCUCUCCCACAAAGUAUACCCUGAAGCGUAAGGCAGCUGAGAGUCAUCCCUCUGCCGUGGCAGCUGUGAAGCCCUUGAGUACCACUGGUGGUGACACAAAGGAGCCUCCAGCUAGAAAAGCAGCUGUGGCCAUUGUUCCUGCUUUGCCAGAGGACAGCCUCAGCUCCAUACCAAGGGGAGAAAAACCCCAAACCAGCCCUGAGCUGCACAUGGGAAGCCAGGCAGGCUCUGGGGCACAGUCAGAGCUCUCAAGCUCAACUUCAACUUCGUCCCAAGUGGCAGCGAAGACACGUCGGCUGAGCUCCACCGGGGCUGGGAAAGCACCUUUGUCUGUAGAAGAUGACUUUGAGAAGCUGAUUUGGGAAAUCUCAGGAGGCAAACUGGAACCAGAAAUUGAUCUGGACCCAGGGAAGGAUGAGGACGACCUCCUCUUGGAACUGUCAGAGAUGAUCGACAGCUGAACUGCAGGAUCUUAACAUUAAACCCAACAAACAAAACAAAAAAGAAACUAAGAAAUUAAAACUCUAUUUUUCUGCUGGAUACCCAGAGGUGGUGAUCCUUUUUGUAGCUGAGGCUUUGCAAUGAGUCUUAAAGCACAGUUGAACUGGUAGAAAUGGGCAGUAUCUGCACUCAGUUGUCCUACAUUUCCCUGCUGGUCAGAGUCAAGGUCCUGUGCAUCCAUUCUGUGACUGUCAGUGGCUGCUGUCGACGUUGGGAGGACAAAGCACUUGUUUCUUCUGGGACAGAGCUCCCCAGCUGCAGACUCUGGUGGUUGUGAACUGAUGUACUGGUGCAGUGAUGCUUUGAAGGCUUAAACCUAAAGCUCCUUUCUUCUUUCCCCCCUCCUCCUUGACAAACCUCAACGUUCAGCACGUUUCAAAGCCUUGGUAGUCUCAUUUCUUGGACAAUUGCUAUCUAAAGCCCGGAGUUACUAUGUCAACUCUUGAGUUUUAUUUAUGUAUGUUAUCAUUUGGACUUUAAUCUGUUAGGGCAACUUAAUGCAAAUAGCGAGGUGAGAGGGAGCAGGAUAAUGGAGUGGUUUGGACCAAAUGUGCUGCCAGGGGCAGUGGUUGGGCUCAGUCCAUCCUCAGGGAUGAUAAGACACCAGUGUGAAAAGCAGCAGCUCUGCAGCACAGCUCCACGACCCCCUCCUGCUUUGUUGUACUAUACCAAAGCUGGGGGGGGGGGGGGGGGGGGGAGAGGGACACGACAGUGCAUUUUGCUGAUGUGAAUCCUGGUAGGAUUUUGGGAUGGGUUGUCAGGAUUCCUCUGCAGGAAACUGCUGAAGGAAGGAUUGGUUUAAGUGCCUCUCUGUUCCAGGAAUCACUCCCCCAAACUGCUGGAUCAUCUGGGAGGUGGCAGCUGCUUGGGCUGACGUUCGAGCACUGUCGUGGCCCCAACCCGUAGAGGAGCAUCUUCCUUGGAAGCUGGUGCUGCUGCGGGACCAACCACACUGCUGCUGCCUGGGAAUGUCCUGGGAAUCCUCCCUCAGCCCCUGCCCCUCCACCAAGGCUUGUGCUCCGGGUCCAUGCAGGAACUGGAGCCAGGACAGGGGCUUUGAAUCUCACUUUGUGUCCCCCAUGCCAACUGCUGAGACCGGGGUCUGUGCCCCCCCAGUGCUCACGUUGGGUGGCACAUAGAUGUUCAGUUCUUUCCUUAAGUUUUUGAAGGACUUCACUCUCCCUGCUCUCACGUGAAGCUGUCAGGGCCCUCUGCCCUUCACUUGUAAAUACGUUCUCUUUGGAAGAAAACACUUGUGUGCUUUCAUAAUGCACUGUGAUGUCUUUGUUCCGAGAGGAGGAGAAAGGUUGGAAACCAAACUGCUGUUGAGGCUCCGCAAGGGUUCACCCAUCCCUUCCCUUGCCAAAGGACGGAGGGGCUGCAGCGAGGAAGAGCACGAGGGCCGGGUGAGGAAGGGUCUGGCCCCGGAGGGGGGGUUGAUGUACACCAUGCUCUGUAAAUAUUUUAUUCUCCCAUUUUCUAGUUGUAUUGUAUUUCAGGCAGUGAAUGACCCGCCGCCUCCCCCCCACUCGCACUGUUCCACACAACAGCAGUUAACAGUGUUUUUAAUAAACCUGCCAUCGGAGCUGUGUCA